GGUUCAUAAUUGACCCCCAGAUGUGAACUCGGUGCCCCGUUCCGCCGUCCGAUAAGAGAGAAUCGAGAUGGGCAACCGAGUUGGCUGGCUUCAAUUUAGACAAUUCAAUUCGCGGCUCUUGAUUGCCAGUGGUUGGUUGAUCAUAUAGAAUAUGAUCACUUGCUUUGCAUACGUACAUGGGCGAACAUUACCUAAAUUGACUGAUUCAUCAUCGACUAAAUGCGGUUCAUGUGCGCGAGGGACAAGUUCAAAAGGCACAUUUGCUUGUCGGGGAAAAAGUGGGUUAAAACGAAAGUAACUCGAACAACAAAGGUGUUUUAAACUCAGGGCGGCCGAGUUGAAAGUAAACUGCGCAUACGAAAUAUAAAGUAAAUAUAUCACAAAGAAUAAAAUCGAUUGUUUGCUGUCAAUAAGGGAACGGCCUUUGGGAUUUGAGAUUGGGGAUUGGGAAACGCGGCUGCGAUAAGAUCGCCAAAUAAAUAAGCACACAAGCCGCACAGCUCGCUGCACAGAGAGAAAACAUGCGUUGCUACUUUGCAAUUUAUGUAGGUACUUAUAAGAAACUAAAAGUUCAAACUACUUUGCCCAGUGUACGAGUAUGUUCGCUCUUAGCCCACAACAAAGGCCAGCAAUUAGCGUAUUGGCCAACUUGCUGGCGACGGAAAUAAACGCUCGUGGCGAGACAGGGGGUCUGAACUGAACUGAAAACUUAGUUAAUAUGGAUGUCCCCCACACGCACACACCUGUUCAUGGGACAUCUGUCGUAUUGGACAAAUAUAUAUAUAUGUAUAUGUACAUAUAUGUAUCUUGUGUUUACUCGGAACCAUCGGUUUUGGCCAAAACAUUGGGCCUGAUUUAUGGGCGCCUGAAAGGCUUUUCCGUGGAAGCGAAGAAGAGCCUCUGUAAAUUCGGCAAAUCGGAACUAACUCACACACACACACACACACCAUUUCUACCACAUUAUACUAUAGUUAACUAUAUGUAUUUCUAUUUCGCUAUAAAUGUGGCAAAAGCGAGCGUGGUCGUCGUGUGGGCAGCCGCUCAAUUAAGAGCAGGCAGCGUUUAGGAUUAUUUGAUUUCCCAGUGGUUGUCUUCUAAUUUGAGCAGCCAGCUCGCACAACACACGCCCAGCAGACGACAGCUCUCCGGGUUCUCUAGUUCUCUAGUUCUCAAGAUGUAUAAAUAUAUACGUACAAUGCAUAUACAUAUGAUACACAAGUACAUUUAUAUGUAUAUUUAUCCGCAGAGAUCUCUCGAUCGCGAUCGUUGCCAAUUUCGCUCGCCGGAGAUUCUGAUGCGAUUCAGUCGCAAACGAACAACGAACCAUCGAAGUUUAGAAAAUAUCUAACAAUUAAAAGCGAACGCGCGCGCGCUUUUCCUCGAAUCGAAACGCGAAACGCGCCACUCAAACAACGAAACGAAAAUAAAUUUGGAAAAUUGCAAUUGUCGUUUGGUUUUCGGUUUUUCAGACGCGCGCGUGCAUUGCCAAAACGAAUCAGAAGCUAAAACCAAAAAAAAAAAAAAGAAAACAGUAGCCACAACGAAUCUAGAGGAUAUAUAGACGCAAAACGACGCACAUUUCUCGACUGCAAGCGCGUGGAUCGAAAUAUAUAUGCCGACGUAUAAUUAUAUAUAGCCAAACCCAGAAAUAAAAGCGAAAAGGGAGGCAUAACUGUGAGAGGCGUUGCCCAUGGCCGAGGAAUUUCAAAAAAACAAACGCCCCAAAACAAAUGCAGCAUUAAUUGAACUAGCUCAAGGCUCGAGUCCCACUCAAAUCCGCAAAUUCGCAUAAAUAUAUAUCUCUAUAAUUAUAUAAUCAAAUUUGGAUUACUCACCAGCACGUUGGUGGGGGGGACACGUGUCAUUAGAUUUUGGACCGCGCACACUUACGAUACAUUGCGUUGAUUAUGAGCGCUUUCGCCGAGCGGCAUGUGCGUUUCAAUCCUUUGCGAAAUCAGCAAACGCUUAUCGUUAAGCGGCUGAGACCGCCGGAGAGCCAGCACUUCAAGAACUGAGCAAUCGAAUGGAACCACGAAUAUCGAACCAACGAAAUCUGCUCACGGCUCGCAGCCAGCGAACCUUUUUUUUUUAUUUGAAAGAAGAGCCAACGCAGAAGGCAAACGAAAUAUAAAAAGCUAUUUAACAAGCUAUAAGCCAAAAACGAACGAAUUUCUAAGCAACUAGAACAACUAGAACAACUAGAUCAACACUGCGACAACAACAAGAACAGCAACAACAAGCACAGGAGCAUCCAAUCGAAUGGAAUAAGAAAGACAUUAAAAGGAUCAUCACCACAUUGUUAGGGAACUUUCGAAACUUUCGGGAUACAAAGUCCCAAUUUGUACAUAUACGCGUAUAGCUAGCAUAUAGAAUUGUUUUUGUUGAUUUUGAAUACAGCACACAUAUAUCAUUGUUGUCCCACUUGUUGUGUUAGCUUAGCUAGGCUAAGGACCCAUAACGAAUACUAGUCAGCCGCCCAACUGUGCGUAUACGCAACGCGAGUGCGUAUACUUAAUAUUUAGAAUUAGAUUGAUAAGCAGCGAACAAAUGAUGAAAAAUCUCAACGGUAGGGCGCACAAUGCGUGCUACCAUCCCUACUACCACCACCAAUCGCUGCACUUUGCCCAGCAGCAGCAUCUGCAGCAGCAACAACAGCAGCAACAGCAACAGCAUCAGCAACAUCUGCAUCUGCAGCAGCAGCAGCAGCAGCAGCAGCAUCAGCAGCUGCCAGCGCCGCAGCAACAGUUGCGUCAUCAGCAACGGCAACUGCCCACGCAGCCAGCCUACCAGCAACCGCAAUCGAUUGCCCACAAUGCUUUUCCACUGCGCAGCAGCAGCAGCAACAAUUAUGGCCAUGUUGCUAGUAGCGCCUACGCUGGAAGUAGCGGCAGUCACAACAGCAACAAUGCGGCUGCCAUGGCCGCCGUCUGUCAAAUGCAGAAUUUUUUCAACCAGCAGCAGCAGCAACAGGAGUACAACAACAAUUGCAUGGCCAUUAAUUACUAUCAGCAGCAGCAACAUUACCCUCCUGAGUCGCAAUCCUCCGCCUCCGGCUGGACUGAAUCCCCUGGCCAGUCGCAACUCGCCGCGACAACAGCAGCAACAUGCAACACCGCAGCAGUUACUGCAGCAGCAACCGCAGCAGCCACUGCAGCUGCAACAACGAGCACAACUGCAACAUCUGCCGCUGCUGGCAGCGACAACAACAACAACGACAACUUCGCAAUGGACGCCAGUGAGAUAGCCACUUUCCUCGCCAACGAGCUUUUCCUACAGCAGCUCGGCAGCUUUGAGACCGUUCAGAGUGUUCUAACGCUGACGACGCCCACGUUGACGCCGACCACAACGCGCAACAUCGAGGACACCAUCGGCCACUUGCUCUCGGACACGCAGCCCGAUCGUGGAGCUGGUUGCGCGGGAUUCGCAGUGCCAAAGGUGCUACCCAACGCCAUGGGAGCCAUUGAAGCCCUGGGCAUGGGCAUUCCCUCCGGAGUUAACUCGCUCCCCAUUCAGCCGGCAUACGAUGUGAACCUGGCGCAGGGCAGCGAUUCCGAGGACUCCAACGCUUCGUACAACGAUACGCAGAUGAAUGAGGAGCAGGACACGACCGAUACUUCAAGUGCCCAUACGGACAGCACCUCGUACCAAGCUGGCCAAAUCAUGGCGGGCAGUGUGAACGGCGGCGGUGUCAACAACUUCACCAAUGUCCUGGCCGCCGUCAGCUCCACUCGUGGAGCCGCGUCGGUGGGCAGCAGCAACGCGAAUACCUCAAACACGCCGGCCCGUCGUGGCGGCGGCAGGCGCCCCAACCGGUCGACCAACAUGACCCCGGAGGAGGAGCAGAAGCGGGCCGUGCGCCGGGAGCGAAACAAACAGGCGGCGGCACGUUGCCGCAAGAGGCGCGUGGACCAGACCAACGAGCUCACCGAGGAGGUGGAGCAGCUGGAGAAGCGGGGCGACAGCAUGCGCAAGGAGAUCGAGGCGCUGACGAUGAGCAAAAAUCAGCUGGAAUACUGUCUGGCCGCCCACCGGCCCACCUGCCAAAAGAUCCGCUCCGACAUGCUGAGCGUGACCACCUGCAACGGUCUGAUUGCCCCGGCCGGACUCCUCAGUGCCGGAAGCAGCGGCAGCGGAGCGAGCAGCCACCACAACCACAAUAGCAACGACAGCAGCAACGGCACGAUCACGGGCAUGGACGCCACGCUGAACUCCACCGGUAGGAGCAACUCGCCAUUGGAUCUCAAGCCGGCGGCGAACAUCGAUAGCCUGCUGCUGCAGCACAUCAAGGACGAGCCACUUGAUGGCGCCAUCGACUCAGGUUCCAGCCUGGACCAGGAUGGUCCGCCGCCCAGCAAGCGCAUCACCUUGCCGCCCAUGUCCACGAUGCCGCACGUUCACAUGUCCACGCUGAUGACGCCCACCGGUGCCUCGUCGGGAUCUCUGCAGACGCCGAUCACGAGCACGGCGCCCGUUGGAUUCGGCAGCGCCUUCCCGGUGACCACCAACGGCAGCAGCAUCAACACCAUCAACAGCAUCAGCCAGAACAACAUGAACUCCCCCACGCUGAAUGCGCUGAACAAGGUGCCCAAGGAGCGGCCCAACACGCUGGCCUUCCAGCGGCCCGUCGGCCACAUGCACUUGACCCUGGCCAACAACAACAAGCCGGGUGGCCCCACGCAGAUCCAGGGAGUGCCCAUCCAGACACCCUCCACUGGCACCUUCAACUUCGACUCCCUGAUGGACGGCGGCACUGGCCUAACACCCGUCUCCGGACCCUUGGUGCCCAACAGCUCCUCCGCGAACAAGCAUCCGUUGGAGCUGCCCACGCCCACCGCCGAGCCGUCCAAGCUGGUCAGCUUAUAACCGGACAGGAUCUGGGACGGGGAGGGGGAUCGAGUCAGGAUUAAGUUGAGUUUUAUAUAGUUGAUGUGCUGAUGUGCUGGUGUGCGGCAAGCGAAACGAAAGGAAACCAAGAAGCACUUUUCUAGUGUAGUGUAGGAGAUGUUUUCAUUUUUGUAAUAUGGUAAUCAUAAUCGUAAUCGUAAACGUGACGAAUGUUUUGUUUCGUUAACUCUAAUGUUUUUGUAUUAUUGUAUUAUUAUCUUUAUUAUGGUUAAUUUAUGAUUUUGCUAUGUCUUUUACAUACGCCGAGCUACAUAUGUUAUGUACUUGUAAUUUGUGCAAUUUUCAAAACCUUUUCAUUGCGCGUUAUUGUAUUUUCAAAAAAUAUAAGAACGCGAACGACCGACGAUGCAUGAUGAGAAUGAAUGAAUAAGGAUAAUAGGGCGUGUAGAUUUGGAGGAUGCGUUGUGAUAUUUAUUAUAAAAACGAAUACAAAAGAUACCAGGAUAAAACGAAAGUAGAAAGCAAACAGGAGAGCGUCUAAUGAAAGGAACUAAGCCGGUUUUAAAAUUGUACAUUUAAACGAAUCGCGUAAAUAUAUGAAACACAAAAUGAAUAUAUUCAGCAUACAAACUAAAUACAAUGCCUUGAGAGAGAAUUAAGAAAUGCAAACCUUUAUAUAUAUAUAUAUAUGUAGAGAUCUAUAGAGAUGUAUGUACAUUUAAAGCUAAACAAUAAUGGCGUUAAAGCAAGUUUUAUAUUGAGCAAAAGCAAAUGUGAAAUGAGAUAAAUAUACUUAUUGUACUCUGUAAGCUGCAGUAGAAACCCAAAUAUAUUUUUACUAAACGCAACAAUGCGCUAUUUUCAAAUACCAUUUAUAAGAAAUGACAAAAGCAAUUAUUUAAUAUGUAAUUAUGUAUUAUGUAUACCAACCUAUCCACAACCCACAACCUUAAACCCAAAACUGAAAAACUAAAAACCCAAAACAAUUUAACGAAAGCUGAUCAGGUAUAGCAACUCUCGCCAGUUUCCACAGUAACUUCUCUGAAUAUUCAAAAUUUCAAUCUAUCCAAAACCAAACCGAUCGAUAGCCACUAAAUGCACUUAUAAGGGCAGAAAAACACCAAAAUUUAAAAAUGAAAUGGAAUAAAAUAAAAUAAAAACACCGAAAAACCUAAA